CUUCUGGGUGCCAAGAAGGGAUUUAUUAGACUUGUGUUACAAAUGCUAUUUUUUAGUAAUGGUCUUCAGUGGUAUAGCAAUGUAUUUAAUGUAAAGGUCUAUGAUUUAGAGGACAGUUAGAAAUUGUAAUAUGCUUUACUUUGUAAAAUCAACACAUUUAUCAUUGUAAAAAGCAGGCAGAGGUACUCUAGCAAUAUAAGUAAUUACAUCUAUUUAAAGGAAUGUUGUGGGAUUCAGCACUUAAAUACCAACACCUCAUGGAGGGGACUUUUCAAUGAGGGGUGAAGCCAAAUAGUACUAAAACAGCUGUACAAAAUAGGUGCAAUUCCUAUGAGAAUUCAUAGUUUGAAUUUCUUUUCAUCUCACUUUUUUUUUUGAGAAGGUAUCGCAUGAAACAGGGCUAAAUUCAGUCCUUGGUUACAACUGUGAAACAUUUACUUUCCAUGUUGUAAGCAAGACCAGCAUUUGGGAUAGUAACACUUUAGAACAAAAUAUCUCUAACUCUGGAGGAGUCACUUGUAAAGAAUUUUACAAUCUGUAUCCUGAAGAUUCCAUUUUUGAGAUAAUUAGUAUACAUUUUUAAUCAUUUAUUAUUAUAUUUAUUUAUUUAUUAUUAAACAGCCAUUGUAAUUUGAAUGGGCCAUUUUGCCUGCUUUUUUCGGGGGAGGGGGAUGAAUGGAGCUAAAAGUAAUACAAAUAGUGGGAUUUCCCAAUAAAAUGCAAUGUGCCUUGUUGGAUCAAAUUAGCUGGAUCUAGAUGUCAUGUUAUGGAAGGUAUUUUUAAGUACAGUACUAAAUGUAGCUCCUUUGCUGAAACUUGAAAAUUUCUUGCAUUUUUCUGUAGUGUGUUUUUUCUUAAAUUCAUCUACUAUCAUGAGCAACUUGCAUUAUUAACGUCUUAAUAAUUUGUGUGAUCUGGAAAACUUCUGUCAGACAUAUUUGGUUGUGAGCGAGAUCAUUUUUAUUAUUAUGUAUUAUUUAUUAAAUCAUUUGUACUCUAGAUUCACUGAAAUACAAAACAGAAAACUUGCCCAAGAUUCCCCAAACAUUAGCACUGGAAUGGCAAUAGCUGGAGUCAUUUUAUUUGCAAAGAGUAUUAAAUUGACAACAAAAUUUACGAGUGCUUUGGAUAUACCAGUAGAAUUUAUAGAAAAGAAUGUGAAACUACGAGGAAAGUUAUGUCACAUAACUGAGAAAGGACUAGAAGUUGAACAUGUUCCCAUUAGCCUUCCUUUCCUGUCAUCAUUACAGAGAAAAUGGCAAUCAAAUGGUGUUUUGCUGGUCAGACUUGCUGGAGUGGAGCUGACACCGAAUGCUAUGGUCUGGUUACAGGAAGAGUUAAAACCUGCACAAAUGAUGUGGUUCCAGCUUCUUGGAAGGGAGGAUUUGGUGCUUGAUUGCCUCAUUUUAGUAAAUAAGGGUAGAUUUUUCAGUGUGUGUCUGAAUGAAGAGAUUUUGAGACAAGGGCUUGGCAAAACAACACGUAUUGAAGGACUACAUCAUGACUCUCCAUUAUACUGGAAGCUUCACAAAAGACUACUUCAAGCAGAACUAAAAGCCUUGAAGAAAAAUAAGGGAAUAUGGAAAGAAGAAAGUUACUUUGAAAAACUUAGAGAUCAUAUAAGUAAUAAUAAAUUUGUACAGAAGUUAAAACAAUUUGUAAACUGGCUACGAAUACAUAUUUAAAAGUGAAAUGGGAAGGACUUAGCUGGAAAAAUGCUAUUUGGACAUGGACGAGUGUCUCUUUGGCGUGUGCUUUUUAUUAACGAUGAGCUUAUGAAGGAAAGCCUAAACCCUUGAUUUUUGAGGCUCCUGCCUCAAGGAAAAAUAUAGAAAAUAGUCCUAGUAAUGUUAUUUAAAGAGAUGUUUAAAUAUAGUAUAAUUCUUGUAUAAGAAUAAACUUCAGCAUGAUGAUGCCUGCUAAAGUGUGUUAAGGCCAAUAUUAUUCAAAUAUAGGAGUCUAAAGUUAUGCUUCUAAAUCCUUAAUUUAGGCUCUUAAAUAAGUGGUCAGAUUUUCAAGAGUGCCUAACACCCAGAUGACCCCAUUUACCUCAGUGGAAAUGAUUGAAGAUCCUAUUUUUGAAGAUCUAAAAUAUUCAUGUACAGGGUGACACUUUACUUACAUUGCAGUGGAAUAUAAUAUGGAGGAGGACUGCUUGAAAACUGAAUAUUAAUUAUUAGAUAUCACUUAAAGAAAAUAACUUUCCAGUACUUCUGCUUUCCUGGAUCUUUGUUGUACAUAAGUAUUUUUGUUUGAGUCCAAUAUAAGGGAACACAUAUGUACUGUUUACUAUUUCUGUGUUUUAAAAGUUUUAACAUGUUGAAUAGCUAGUUCUACUAUGUAAUUAAUAGAAAAGAUGACUUGACACAGCUGAACUUAAAAAGAAGUGUGUAUAGAAGUUCCUAACCAUGAGAAUUUAAAUUUAGAAAUACAGUAGGUGAGCAUAAAUUAAUACAUCAAUAAACGACUUAUUUGCUUGUAGUAUAAAUACAUUAGCUUAUACAUUUGUAAAGAGUUGCAGAAUUUAAAGAUUAUAAUCUGGUAGAAGUGACCUUUUGAAUAUUCAUUGUUUGUUUCUAUUUCUAGGUUAAAUCAAGUGAAUUAUACAGGUUUUGUAGUCAAGAGCACUAAACUCUGUGCAACCUUGACAAUUAAACAUGGCACAUUAAAUUUCUUAUUCUCCUCUGUUCUUAUGCUUAGCUGCAAUUUUUUAAAACUGAGGACACGUAUACUUUUGAAGGAUGAAAUAGCCAAAAAAC